AUGCCUGUGCUGCUGUGUGCGCUGCUCUAUCUGCUCAACAUGGCAUUGGACGGUGUGGAUGGCAUCGUGGCUCGCCGCCUGCGCCAGGUGUCGGCCUUCGGUGCGAUCCUGGACGUUGCUGUGGAUAACGCACUGCGCACCGCCAUGUGGGCCGCUGCCAUGAACAGUGCCACGUGGCUGACCAUGUCCAGCGUCAGGCUCGGCACGAACAGUGUCGGCAUCGGCGCGGUUAGAUUGAGCCUAGACAGUGCUGGUGGGGCCAUGCUGGGUUUAAUUGGUGUGCGGGUGUUGCAAGCAGCUGCCAUCCUUAUCCCGUGUGUGGAAUGGUUCACUUUCACCUGCUCCCAUGCCAGCACGCUUGGCAGUGGCAGUGGCAGUGGCAAUGGCAGUGCCAGUAGCAGUGCAACUCGUGCUCGUAGUAAUGACACCACAGCGCUUGUAGAAGGUGAUGGGGUGGCAACACAAGAGCAAGAGCAAGGGGUGGGGGAAGGACGGGAGCACGGGAAUAUAGGGAAAGGUGUGGAGCAGGGAGCAGGUUUGAAGGAGCGGUCGAAGGAGAGGAGCAACUGGAAGGAGGUGUGGGGCGGCAAGAACGACAGUCCGCUUCUGGUCUCCCUGGUCAUGCGGAAUGGCUUCAAAACCCCGGUUGGAGUCGUGGCAAUUGCAGGCCUGCACUUCCUCCCUCUCUGGUUCUUCGUUCGACACCAUCUUCACCUUUUUCGACCCGACGUCGCCAAGACCACCCCUCCCCCCACAUGCGCCAUUAUCCCCGAACCCGCAGCGGAAGCCGCCACGUUAGACGCCGACUCCCCCCGCGCUGCCGCAGUUGCGCGCACUGUCGCCACUGCCGUCGAAACCGCUGACCGCGCCGCGCUUCCCAGCGGCGCAGAGCUAGCGGCGCAGCUCCAGGAGCAGCCAGCGCAACAGGCGCAGCCGCCUCCGCUGAUGAAAGUUCCCCCCGAGUCCCUGACAUACCCGUCGGGGUUCUUGGGGGGUUUCGGGGAUAACAACCCUUUGCCAGUGGAUUCCAAGGGACACGUGGCGGGUGACGUGGCAGUGGAUAAGGACGCGUAUCUCAGGCAGAUCCUGAGAUCGCGGGUGUAUGACGUGGCGAUCGAGAGCGCUCUGGAGUUUGCGCCGAAGCUGAGCGAGAGGAUCGGCAACCGGGUGUUCUUGAAACGGGAGGACACGCAGCCGGUAGGUGUUCUCCUUCAAGCUGCGGUGUUCUCGUUCAAGCUGAGAGGGGCCUACAACAUGAUGGCGCACCUGACGCAGCGGCAGCUGGCCAAGGGCGUCAUCUGCUCGUCCGCAGGGAACCACGCGCAGGGGGUGGCGCUCUCCGCCUCCCGGCUGCACUGCAGUGCCAUUAUAGCGAUGCCAGUGACCACCCCAGAGAUCAAGUGGCGCGCAGUGCAGCGGCUAGGAGCGGAGGUGGUGCUGGUGGGGGACUCAUACGAUGAGACUCAGGCCUAUGCCAAGAAGCGAGCAGAGGAGGAGGGACGCGUCUUUAUUCCUCCCUUCGACCAUGAGUUGGUGAUAGCGGGGCAGGGCACGGUGGGCAUGGAAAUCCUCCGCCAGUGGAGCACGUGCGACCGCACGGGCGGCUGCGGGGGCGGCGCCGGCCAGUGGCGGUUUUUGGACUCUUCCUCAGAGGAUGAACGGGAGGGGCAUGGGAGCAACGGCAGCGCGAAUGGGGCUGUAAAUGGCUCAGCAGCAACAGCAGGAGCCGCAUCUGCAUUAUCCUCCUCCUCCUCCUCGUUAUCAUCAUUAUCAGCAGCAGCAGCAGCCUCCCUACUAUCCAGCGAAUCUCCCGAGCAGCAGCAGCAGCUAUCCCAAACAGCAGAUCUGGCUGCUACCUCCCACUCCUCUCCCUUCUUCCCUCCUCCCCCAACCCCUGUGAACAACCUGCCAUCGUCACUAUCAGCAAUGCUGUCGCAGUCAGCACUAGCAGCAGCAGCAGGGGAGGGCGAGGGGCUGUGCCACAUGGACCCUUCGAGUCUGCAUGCGGUGUUUGUGCCGGUGGGGGGUGGUGGGCUCAUUGCCGGGAUUGCUGCUUACAUUAAGGCGCUUCAGCCAGAGGUGCGAGUGAUAGGGGUGGAGCCUGCUGACGCCAACGCCAUGGCUCUCUCCCUCUACCACGGCCGCCGUGUGGAGCUAUCCUCCUGUGGGACGUUUGCCGAUGGAGUGGCAGUGCGGCAGGUGGGGGAGGAAACGUUCCGCCUGUGCCAGCAACUCGUUGACGGCAUUGUCCUCGUUUCGCGAGACGAGAUCUGCGCUGCAAUCAAAGACAUGUUUGAGGACACGCGCAGCAUCCUGGAACCUGCGGGGGCGCUGGCGCUGGCAGGGGCGAAGGCGUAUUGCCGGCAGUACGGGCUGAAGGGGGAGGGCGUGGUGGCGGUGGCCAGCGGCGCCAACAUGAACUUUGAUAGGCUCAGACUCGUGUCUGAAUUAGCUGAUCUGGGAGCCAGGAGGGAGGCUGUGCUGGCGACUACCCUGCCGGAGAUUCCGGGGGCCUUCAAGCAGUUUGCCAAGCUGGUGGGACCUGGCAUGAGCAUCACGGAGUUCAAGUACCGCUUCUGCUCCACUGAUGCUGCUCACGUGCUCUACAGCGUUGGAGUGCACACAGAGGAGGACCUGGAAGCCAUGAUCACCCGCCUAGAGGAUGGCAGCAUGCCAACGGUGGACAUGACAGACAACGAUCUCGCCAAGGACCAUCUGCGCCACCUCGUGGGCGGGCGCUCCUCCCUCCCUGCCUCUCAGAAGCAGUCACCUCGCUCUAUCAUCCAUUGCUGCCUCCCCCCUCUCAAGUGCUGCUUCCUCUCGUUCUCUCCCCCUAAUCCCCCUUGCAGCGUUGGAGUGCACACAGAGGAGGACCUAGUGGCCAUGAUCACCCGCCUCGAAGCAGGGGACAUGCCGACAGUGGACAUGACGGACAACGAUCUGGCCAAGGACCAUCUGCGCCACCUCCUUCCCACUCUUUUCCCCUUCCCCCUCCGUCCCCUUGCAGUGUGGGAGUGCACACAGAGGAAGACCUAG